CAUAUGUUCCUUUCAUACAAGUGAUUUCCCAGAUCAUAAUUCUCUGUUGAGAUCUGAGUUGAAUUUGAGAAGUUGGAGAAUUCCUGCAGCUUUGUAAUCAGAGGAGUAAUCAGCUGGCGAAUUCACCUUUGGAGGAGUUCUGCAUUUUGCCAGUCAUCUCGUAACUGAGUGCCAAAGAAGGACUCCAUGAAAGAUGACAGAAGAAGUUAUUGUUAUAGCAAAGUGGGACUACACUGCCCAGCAGGACCAGGAGCUGGACAUCAAGAAGAACGAACGCUUGUGGCUGCUGGACGACUCCAAGACGUGGUGGCGGGUGAGGAACGCGGCCAACAGGACGGGCUACGUGCCGUCCAACUACGUGGAGAGGAAGAACAGCCUGAAGAAGGGCUCCCUUGUGAAGAACCUGAAGGACACGCUAGGCCUCGGCAAGACCAAGAGGAAGACGAGCGCGCGGGACGCGUCCCCGACGCCCAGCACGGACGCCGAGUACCCGGCCAACGGGAGCGGGGCCGACCGCAUCUACGACCUCAACAUCCCGGCCUUCGUCAAGUUCGCCUACGUGGCCGAGAGGGAGGACGAGCUGUCCCUGGUGAAGGGGUCGCGCGUCACCGUCAUGGAGAAGUGCAGCGACGGCUGGUGGCGCGGCAGCUACAACGGGCAGAUCGGCUGGUUUCCCUCCAACUACGUGCUGGAGGAGGUGGAGGAGGCGGCCGCCGAGUCCCCCAGCUUCCUGAGCCUGCGCAAGGGCGCCUCCAUGAGCAACGGCCAGGGCGCCCGGGUGCUGCACGUGGUGCAGACGCUGUACCCCUUCAGCUCGGUCACCGAGGAGGAGCUCAACUUCGAGAAGGGAGAGACCAUGGAGGUGAUCGAGAAGCCCGAAAACGACCCGGAGUGGUGGAAAUGCAAAAACGCCCGGGGGCAGGUCGGUCUUGUCCCCAAAAACUACGUGGUGGUCCUAAGCGACGGGCCGGCCCUGCACCCCGCGCACGCCCCGCAGAUCAGCUACGCGGGGCCCGCGUGCUCCGGGCGCUUCGCCGGCCGGGAGUGGUACUACGGGAACGUGACGCGCCACCAGGCCGAGUGCGCGCUCAACGAGCGGGGCGUCGAGGGCGACUUCCUCAUUAGGGACAGCGAGUCCUCGCCCAGUGACUUCUCCGUGUCUCUCAAAGCGUCAGGGAAGAACAAACAUUUCAAGGUGCAGCUCGUGGACAAUGUCUACUGCAUCGGGCAGCGGCGCUUUCACACCAUGGACGAGCUGGUGGAACACUACAAAAAGGCGCCCAUCUUCACCAGCGAGCACGGGGAGAAGCUCUACCUUGUCCGAGCGCUUCAGUGACGGCCCUCCCCGCGCCCUGCGCCUCCGGGCCUCCGGUGCCACCCUCACCUCCCCAGAGCCAGCGGAUCCACCCCGGGAGUCGUCUGGCACGGGCUCUCCUGCAGAGGGGCCCGCUCCGUCGGUGGGUCAUCCUUCCCUGGCUUCUUUGCCUGGUUUAUCCUUCUGUCCAGGUCGGUUUGUUUCCAUCUGCCUCCCCUGGGCCAUCCCAGGUCCUCACCCCCUCGGUCACGCCCCCCCUGUCCCUGCCAGUUAGAGAAUGGGAGGUGGAAGAGGGCGGGUUUGUUCACUUUAUUCCUUCUCCACUGGAAACAGCCUCAGUCUGUUCCAGUUGUUCAUGCCAAGAGAACCCUCCUCAAAAGGACGUUGGGCGCAGUCUGAAUGCACCGAAGCUGCCGUUAUUAAGUGAACUCCAGCACACUCAAAAAGUGGGCCCUCUUGCGCCCCGGGCAGCACAUGGGAAGGUCCCCGGUCGUAGCAGCCCUUGUCCCGUGUCCUUUGCCCUUUCGUGGCUCCCGGACUCUCCGCGGAGUAAACGUGUUUGCUGGUAGCGAUCCUGGAGCCAGCAGGAGCUGGUCGUGAGGGUCUGUCCAGUGCCUUUGGGCUGUGCUUGCAAUAAAGAAAGAAUUUCCGUGAAAGUCAGUCUACAAAAGAGGGACCGGCGACUUGGAAAGACAGAUGUUUCAGUAAUUUACCCCCAAAUGUGCCAUCUGCCUAGUGCUUUUUCCUCUUGCCCUUUGGCUUGUUCAAAUUUCACAAUUAUAUAUUUAAUUCUCAAAGUAAUAUGUAUCUGUAGCCAUUUGUUGACACUAAUACAGAUGAUUAAGGAAAACAACUGAUCUUUGGGGAAGGGGAGCUACCAACACUUUACACACACACAAACACACACACACACUAUAUAUAUAUAUAUAUAUAUAUAUAUAUAUAUAUAUUAUUUGCUUUGCAGGGAAAUUUUUCAGGGUUUACAAAAGAAUAUGUGAUUGGUAGUAAGAGACACAGAAUGUUUAUGGAGAAAUUGCAUUUUCUUUUUUCUUUACAUUUGAACUUCUUUAUAGUUUAAAUAUACAGUCUUGAGAUGGCACAUUCCUACAACUGAAGAAGGGGUCUUGAGACCUCCUCAACUUGCAUACUCAGUUUUUUGGAUAUUGUAAUAAAAAAAAGUAUUAUGACAAGA